AUGCCCAUAGGCUGGAAGCCCGUGGUCAAGAUGGACGAGUCCGCUACGUCAGCGUCCAGACCCCCCCUUCUUGCGGCGGUAGACCAGGACCACCACGAUGGAGUAAUGAGGGUCAGACAGAGAGCUACGGGCUACAAUACCCACGUACAGGGCCACAUCCUCAACCCAUGCAGCUUGAGAGAGAACUCCCAUCUGCUUACCAUCCAGCCUGACCUCACCACCACCACUACCAGCUACCAAGGAACCCUUCACUCACGUCACGACGGCACCGCUAAGUUCUCAUUGACCAACGGUCCGCUCCUGGACCCCUUACCCAACGGGUCGCACCACACCCUACACAACGGGAAGUUAUCCUCUGACCCUGCUGAGUUUAUGACRCGGCUGUCCAAUCAGACGUAUUUCAAGACGUUGCCGCGGGACGUGGCUAACACCUCGUAUGGGACAUUCAACUUCCUGGGGGGUAGACUCACCAUCCCCAACACAGUCGUGUGGCAGUCAUGUAGUCAGCCAUGGUUACCCCUGGCGGGCUGCCAGACCCUGCUGAGUCCCAUAGUGAGCUGUGGUCCUCCGGGGGUGGUUCUGACGCGGCCCACAAUUCUCAGUAUGGACCAUUGUUCUGACGCCUGUCCUGAGAACUGGGCCAUCAGGCCUGAAGAAACAGAACUCGAAGGUGUCUGGGAG